CCCAGGAGCCGCCCAAGUCGUUUCGGUUCUUGCUUCUCGGAGCCUCCCACUUCUUUAACGAUCCUGCGGCUGUUUUGGUUGCUGGGGGAAGGUAUUACCAAUAAAGUUUUCCUGUUUCAAAGCCGGGCGGACUGGGCUGGGCCCAUCCGCCUUCCCCUCGCUGGCUGUCCGCAGUUGGUCUCUGCUACACGCUAGGAGCUGUGGGGCGUCAUGGUCAGGGGCCGCCGCGGCCGGGCAGGUAUAAGGCCGCCUUCCGCUGCCCGUGCGCUCGUAUGGCUUCUGGGGUCCCUGGCGUCCACCUCAGUCUGAGCGCAGCCUCUCCGCGCCCACGGGCCGCCACGCGCCGGACCCCAUGGCCUCCGAGGCGCUGUCUCCUUCAUUGUCACCCUCGCCACCCAACUCCCCCGAGCCUGAGCUGGCCCAUUUGAGGAGGAAGGUGGAGAAGUUGGAACUCGAGCUGCGGAGCUGCAAGCGGCAAGUGCGGGAGAUCGAGAAGCUGCUACACCACACAGAGCGUCUGUACCAGAGCGCCGAGAGCAACAACCAGGAGCUCCGCACACAGGUAGAAGAGCUCAGUAAGAUACUCUAUUGUGGGAGAAACGAAGAUAGUAAGAAGUCUGACGUAGAAGUACAAACAGAGAGCCACCCUCCAUGGUCAAUCUCAGAUUAUUAUUAUCAGGCAUACUAUAAGGAUAUUAGUCUUCCAGAUAAAGAGACAGAACUCUCAGUUCAGCAAGAUCAGGAUAUUGAAGCCUCUACUUAUAAUUCUAAAGACCAGUCACAAAUAGAAAAUGAUGCUUAUGCUGGUACUGAUGUAGCGGAAAAGUUUGAAUGUGGACAAGAGGACCGUUUUGCCUUAAAUUCACAGGAGCCAGCCUCUGUUUUAGCAACAGAAGAUCCAUCUUUGGAAGGUUCAUCUUUAGCUGAAAGUUUGAGAGCUGCAGCAGAAGCUGCUGUAUCACAGACUGGAUUUAGUUAUGAUGAGAAUACCGGACUGUAUUUUGACCACAGCACUGGUUUUUAUUAUGAUUCUGAAAAUCAACUAUAUUACGAUCCUUCCACUGGAAUUUAUUACUACUGUGAUGUGGAAAGUGGUCGCUAUCAGUUUCAUUCUCGAGUAGAUCUGCAACCUUAUCAGACUUCUGGCACAAAACAAAGUAAAGAUAAAAAACUGAAGAAGAAAAGAAAGGAUCCAGAUUCUUCUACAACAAAUGAGGAAAAGGAUUUGAAUCCAGAAGAUCAAAAAGCAGCCAGUAUUGAACAUAUAAACUACAGUGAGGGAGAAGAUUGUGCAAAUGUGAAAAAGAAGUCCAAAAUAGACAUUGGUAACAAAAAUAGUUCCCCCAAGUUCACUGUCCCAGUGACUGGAAAGUCUAUAGAAUCUCCUCUUAAUGAAAACAUUUAUAAUUUGACUUCAUUUAAAGAUGAGAAAACCAUAGAGACUGAUAGCGAGCCAGAAGAAGGUGAAAUUACAGACUCUCAGACUGAGGAUGAUUAUGAAGAAGACACUUCCAGUGAAGAUAAUGUAACUGCAGAAGAUACUGAGGAUGAAGAUGAAGAGAAAAUUUGGCCCCCUUGUAUCAGAGUAAUUGUUAUUAGAUCACCAGUGUUGCAGACAGGAUCUCUUUUUAUUAUUACAGCUGUAAACCCUGCUACAAUUGGAAGAGAAAAAGAUAUGGAGCAUACUCUUCGAAUUCCUGAAGUUGGUGUCAGUAAGUUUCAUGCAGAAAUUUAUUUUGACCAUGACUUACAAAGUUAUGUCCUUGUGGAUCAAGGCAGCCAAAAUGGUACAGUUGUUAAUGGAAAACAGAUUCUUCAGCCUAAAACUAAAUGUGACCCUUACGUACUUGAGCAUGGAGAUGAAGUGAAAAUUGGGGAGACUGUAUUGUCCUUUCACAUUCACCCUGGCAGUGACACCUGUGAUGGCUGCGAGCCAGGGCAGGUCAGAGCUCACCUUCGUCUUGAUAAGAAAGAUGAACCUUUUGUUGGUCCAGCACUAAGCAAGGAGGAAAAAGAGUUGGAAAGGAGAAAAGAAUUAAAGAAAAUACGAGUAAAAUAUGGUUUGCGGAAUACAGACUAUGAAGAUGAAAAGGCAUUGAAGAAUCCGAAAUACAAAGACAGAGCAGGAAAGCGUAGGAAGCAGAUUGGAAGUGAAGGAACUUUCCAGAGAGAUGAUGCUCCUGCAUCUGUUCAUUCUGAAAUUACUGAUAGCAACAAAGGUCGGAAGAUGCUGGAAAAGAUGGGCUGGAAAAAGGGAGAGGGCCUAGGGAAGGACGGUGGAGGAAUGAAAACUCCGAUCCAGCUUCAGCUUCGGCGAACACAUGCAGGCUUGGGGACAGGCAAACCAUGCUCAAUUGAAGAUGUCCACCUUCUCCAAAACAAGAGCAAAAAGAACUGGGAGAAAGCACGAGAGAGGUUUGCUGAAAACUUCCCAGAAACUAAACCUCAACAAGAUGCACCAGGGACAGUGCCUUGGGUCAAAGGGACUGUAGAGUGAAGACAUCACCACCUGGCCUUCCUGGUCAACAGGAUCCUUGUUAGUGCAGAAAUUCACCAGUAUCCUCAGAACAACGGAGGCCUCCAGUUUCCCCCAGAGGCAUGUUUCACACCUGCCCUCCAGGUAUGUCCCAGAAGAGUCUGAGUGGUGCCCACAGGGGCAAAGAUGAUGAAAUGUAAGGGGGAAAUAUUAGGAUCCCCACUGAAGUACUGAUUUCUGGGAAAGGGGCCCAUAAGCACCUCUCACACCCCCUCCCAGACCUGUGCCCGGCAGUCUGGUGCUGCAGUAAGCAGGGUUACCACCCUCUCUCCAUGUCUGUCCUAAUCCUGGGAAGCUUUCAGUAUGUUACCUGGCAGGGGAGAAUUAACAUAUUAAGUCUAACCGUGAGGUUAGGAGAGUGUUCUUCUAAUGUGCAAGAGGGAGACCUAGAGAUGCAAUGUGAGAAUGGCUGGCCCUUGCUGAAAGGGGCCACAAGCCCAACGCAUGUGGGAAACCCCAUGCUUUAGAAGCCAAAAGAGGCAAAAAACACUGAGAAUCUGAGAUUCUCACAGAGCCUUAAGAGAGCCAACACUUUGAGAUCAUUUCCUGACUUGCAGGACUAUAAGAUAAAUUUAUGUUGUUUUGAGCCACAAAAUUUGUGGCAAUUCGGUACAGCAGCAACAGGAAACUAAUGCAGAGGCCAUUGUUGCUUCCCCAGGGAGAGCUGGCUGGUACCCAGAACUAGGUGGGUGGGAAAUAGCCACCGGCGACCCAAGUGUUGGCAGGCACUCGUGCCAGGACCCAGAAGUCUUAGCCCCGAUGAAGAGAUGGGCCAGAAGAGAGGCCUGGGAGGAAGCUUAACUGUUUGGCCCCAGAUCUGACCAGGAUCCAUGGAUGGAGCUCCAGGCUCCAGUCUGCUACUUGCUAGCUGUGUGGUCCUCAGCAGGCCACUUGGCCUUGUUGAAGAGUGGGGUCUCGUUUGUAAAAUGUGGGCAUUUACCCCACCUGUGGUGUUGUGAGCACAGAAAGUGUAUACUGAGGGAGCCCAUGCCGAUCACUGCUGCCCACAUUUCAGUUCUAAGUGUGAAUCUGAGAGGUCCGUACCUCAGUGCUGUGGAAAAAGCAGCUUGAUACACAAUUACUAUUUUUAAUAAUCGUACAUAUGUGACUUUCAACAUUUUCUUCUAAAUCUCCAGUUGACAAGAGAAUCCAAUUCAGCAGAGCAACUGAUUCAUUCACUCAGAAGUCAAUUGAUGUUUCACUGUAUUUCAUGUCACCAUAGCACUAUAAAGUCAAAAGGGACCUUAACAGUCACCUCAUCCAUUUUCCAAAGGAAGAGGCCAGUUGUAGAAAGGCAAGAAGUUCAAGCCCUCAGCAAUAGACUUCCCUAAUGACUCCAGGGCAGCAAAACAAAGCCCGAUGUUUUGGAGUCUAUUCUGAAAUACUAAGAGACUUGGACAGCUAUUUCAUGGACAUGAAACUCAGCCCAAAGCAAGCCAAACCCUUUUCUUCUCCAACCCCCAAGGAUGACAAAUGUAGGUGCCUAAAGGGCCCUAACUCUUUCAGGCUUGGUUGUCAUUGCCCUGAUGUACCCAUACCCCCUCUCCAUGCCAAAUUUCAACCCAAAGUGGCAUUAGGGCAGGAGCUGAGCUAGGUUCAGGGCGGUCUGCACCCCAGUCCCAGCCAUCCACCUCGUUAAUGCAAUGCAUGCAUUGCUCUCAAAGGCAGCACCUGGGUGCUGCCAUUGGCAAGUCCAGGCACAUAGAUCAGGGAAGCCCUGCUACUAUAGGUGAGGCGUAUCACUGUCACCCAUCAGUAGUGACAACUCUGUGAGCAGACAAGGCCAUAGCCAGGAGGCCAAAGCAAUUCCCAGAACCUACCUGGGCACUCCCCCAGUUGGGUUGACAUCCAGAUGCCAGCUCAUCUGGUUGGUCCUGAUAGUUCCUGUGUUUUGCCAGCAGAGCACUCACACCCAAGGGGGCAGAACCUGUUCAGGAGGCUGGAGUCACGUGAACUGCCAUGGCCACUAUCUCUUGGUACCAGACAAGGCACCCUGGGACUCUUGUCUCUGUCAAAUGAUGGGGUUGGGCUGCAUAAGGGCCACAUUUCCUUCUAGGCUUUUCUGGAAGUGGGGAUUAUAUCAGUCCUUGUGUUGAAGAUUUUAUUUUAAUUGAGGAAGCUGAGUGCAAAUAGUGAGGAUUCUUCAUUUGCAAAAUGUAAGUAAUUUUAUAUUCUGCUACGAAAUUGCAGUGGUGUAGAAAGCAGAAAGCAGAAUGCCUUCCCUUCCCUCCCACGGCCAGCAGUCAGCAGUCAGGCUGAUGUUCUCCACCCUGCCCGCCCCACCGCCUGUCCCUGCAGAGCCAUCCCGUUCUCACUGGCUCUCUUUCUUGAGGGAGUGAUUAUGAUUCCAAAAGUGAAUCUUUGCCUGUUUUAACAGUUCUAACAAUUGAUGAAAUACUGGGUUAGCCAAAAAGUCUGGACAGUUUUUUUUGUAAAACAAAGAUACUAUUUUCAUUUUUACCAAUAACUAUCGAUUUGGAUAUUUUGAGAAUGUCGGCUAUCUCCUUCAUGGUAGAAACAUUGAUCGCUGUCUACUUCAGCUGGUCUGCCCGACCAUGGAGCAUUGUCCAGAGAGAAGUCUCCAGCGUGGAACUUCACAAACCACUUUUGAGACGGUUCAGGCAGUCACAGCACCUCCUCCAUACACGGCACAAGUCUUUUUUGUGUGUUUUAGUUGUGCUUCUACCUUUCUUGAAUUAAAAAAUCAUGAUAUGCCCAAAAUAUUGCUUAUUUUCUUACAUCUUCAAUAU